AUGCAUCACAAUACGGACGAGGUUAAAAUGCAGGAGUCCCCUCUGUCCGAACUCUCGCUAUGCAUAUCACCUUGCAUCACAGCCAAAACCAAACUUCUGACGGACCCUGCCAUUGAUUACCAUGUCUAUUCUCUGAUCCACAAAGUCCACGUCCUAUGCAAAGUGUUGGAAGGGCUCAAGCCACCCACGGCCAACGAGAAGCUGAGCGGUCAGAAGAUGCUCUACCUCAAAGCCAUCAACCUGGCUCCCGUGCUUACCAUGAUCGCCGCCAACGAUAUGCAGAAGCUUGCCUGGCGUACCACGAUCAAUAUCGUCCAGGUCUCUCAGUUGAGUGCACGCUGGAGAGCCACCACGAUCAGUAUCGUCCAGGUGCCUCAGUUGACUGCACGCCGGAGACCCACCACAGUCACCACUUUUGAAAUGCUCAACUACGGCAUCCUGGUGACCUGGGCCAUUUAG